AUGCCUACACAGUACGAGGCGCGGCGGGAGUGCGUGCAGCAGCUGGCGGCGCGCGUGUCGGCGGCGGCGACGGGCGUGGCGCGGGCGCUGCGCCGCGCGCCCGACGCGCGCCUCGACACGCAGGCGCUGGCCGACGUGGCCGCCACCGUGCGCGCCGUCAAACCGCUGGUCUGCUGGCUCGACAGGUACGGGAUCGACCGCAUUGAGGGCUCACCGGCAGCAAGCGAGAUAUGCGCGGCAGCAAAGGUCAAAAUAAAAUUUGUGCUCUACGAACUGGUAGAGCAGUUUCUUGGCCGAUGUGCCGCUGCACGGGUAGCGCGGGUAGUACGGGUAGUGCGUUGCAGAUGGACGGGUGCGGGCGGGGUGCGGGGCGGGGCGGCGCUGUCGCAGCGCAAGGCGCAGCUGCUGCAGCUGGCGCUGGAGGCGGCCACGUGCGCGCAGCGGGACCGGUUCGCGCACCAGCCCGCGCGCGCCGUCGCCGCCGCCGCCGCCGCCGCCGCUGCCGCCGCCGACUACAUCGUGCAGGAGGUGACGGAGCCGAUGAUAUUGCAGCCGGCGUCGCUGGACACGGUGACGCUGCGUCAGGGCGGCAAGCCCCUGGGGUUCGACGUGGUGCCCUCCUUCUGCGGCCACCACCAGCUCGCCGACAUACGCUUCGGCUCCCCGGCGCACGCCUCCGGGCAGGUGCACGAAGGGGACGAGAUCGUGCAGGUGGGUUCGCGCUGCGUGAUCGGCUGGGGCGGGGCGCGCGUGUGGGCGGCGUGCGCGGGGGCGGGCCCCGACCUGUUGCUGCGGCUGCGGCGCCGCGCCCCGCGGCCCCCGCCCGCCGCGCACCCGCCGCGCCUGCGCGCCAAGGCCCGCGCGCCCGCGCUGCACAGCAUUCACGCGACCGUUCGCACGAUCCAUCCUAUCGCUAAGACCCUGGAGCCGGUGACGAGGGAGGUUGCGAUCAAGGCGGAGGCGGAGGCGGAGGCUGAAGCGGAGGCGGAGGCGCGCGCGUCCUCCUCCGACAGCGAAGCGCUCUCUCCCCCCGCUUCGCCGCACUCGACCAUGCCAGAUUUACCCGCCAGGUAUACCUCCUCCUCCCCUCCCCUCUCUUACAGAGAAGCAGUAAUUAGAAUAAUAUUAUGUAAUACUAGCUUUCCACCAGCGGCUCUGCCGGCGUGGUUCCUAGGGAACUGA